AUGGCCUCGCUCUUCAAGCGUCGCCGCGGCUGGCGGGCGGCGUCGUCGCCGUCCUCUCCCGGCCACCUAGCGGAGGAACCGGCCGCCCAGUCCGGUGAUGGUGACGGGUGGUUGUCGAGCCUCGUCUCUGGGGCGGGGAAACUUGUCUCCGCUGUCUUGGGUCCUGAUUCCGCCCCGUCUUCCUCAUCGUCCUUCUAUUCGUCGGAGGAGGGCACAGAUAGCAAUUCGAGUGAAGAGGAAGAUACUAUUCGGGCUUGUGAAGGACAUAAGUUAAGCAAGAAAACGAAAACAUCAAAGAUGGUAAAUGACUGGCUGGAAGGAUCAAUAUCUAUCAUCACAGAAAUUGAGGCUAAAUCUGCUAUAGAGCAGUUGCUAUUGAGAGAAACAUUUACAAGGGAUGAAUGCAACAAAUUAACGAAGAUAAUUCAAUCACGGGUUAUAGAUGUUCAAUCUGCAGAAAAUGAUCAGCAUUGUGUACCAAAAGAACUUCCUAACAUGGCUGCUAGGGAGGCCUUUGCUUGUCCACAAGCUUGUCAAUCUUUGCAUCAAUCUGGAGAUAUACCAAAGACAAUUCGUUCUCCAUCUAUUCUGAACUGUCAUUCUCCUGGGCCUUCCGCUUCUCCAGCAGUUAAAUUCAAUUUCCAUGACUCAGUUGUUAUAGAGGCUAGAAAAGGGCUAGAGUUGAAAAGGACACCAUCAUGUUUAAAAGCUUCUCUUGAUCAUGGGCUUUGCACUCUGAACACUGAUGUGCUUCAUUAUGAUUUUGGAGGUGUAAUCUCUCCCGUGGACAUUGCCAAAUCAUAUAUGCAAUCCUUGCUACCAUAUGAGUCGCCAAUUUCAAGUAUGAGCAUGCUUAAAGCCACACCAACCAGUGAAUUGCGUCCAUGCAUUGAUAAAACAACUCUUGCAACUUCCCAUCAUUCAUUACCUUCAUCCAAGGUCCUGAAGAGGGACUAUUCUACCUUUACACCAAGGGAUACAUUUGAUGAAGUUCGAAGAGUCCGACUCAAAUCUAAAGAAAACAUGUUAGCAGGAGAUUCUACAAAGAUUUUGGGCAUCAAUCAUAGUUCAACGUUGACUGAGGCUUUGCAUGCUGAAGAUGACAGUGCAUCUAGAACCUUAAGGCAGUCUGAUGCAAGGGCACUUGAACUUGUAAAGCCAAUUGCAGUGAACAAUGCCCCUUCUCCCAAUAUUAAUGCUUUAGAUACUGAAGCAGCUCUUGACAUAGAAUUAACUCAUACCUUAAAGCAAACUGCUCUGCCUCCAGAGACUACUCCUUCUAGAGUUGCCUAUGACUCCCGUUUGUCUGUUCCUGUCAUUCUGCCAGAUGAAAAGAAGGCACAUUUUUCUCAUCCCGUCUUGUAUCAGUUUUUUAUGUCUAUUUCUUUUUACUUCAGAAAAAAAAAAAAAAAAAAAAAAAGGAGUUGCAAGCUAUAUCCGGCUUUGUGGAACGGAAUAAUUUUUUAUACCCGUGACAGGAUAUUGAAGAGACUUCAGCGACAAUGGAACAGUUGGAGAAUAUGUCUGAGUCUCAUGCCUUGGCUUCCACAGGAUUGGAGAAUAAAGGAGAGCAUAAGGAAAAUAUUCAUUGUUCCCUCCAACCAGCAAUUCUGGAUGAGGCAUCAAAUGUGUCCAAAGAGAAAAAUCUGCUACGACUGCUAUUGA